AUGUGUGCUGGAUAUUUUCUCUGUUUAGAUCUACUCUCCACUGCCUCUGCUCUGGGCCCUGGGCAGCCAAUCCAUAUUGAUGUCAUUGUCCUUCGACUUCAGUUUGCAUUUGAUGAAUGGGAAGUAUUAGCAGGAGGUGGAGGCUGGGAUGCAGAUGGAAAAGGCCCUAGUGUCUGGGACACAUUCACCCAUCAGGGAGGAGAGAGAGUUUUCAAGAACCAGACUGGCGAUGUAGCUGGUGGCAGCUACACUCUGUGGGAGGAAGGUUUGAAAUGUAUCAAACAGCUUGGAUUGACUCAUUACCGCUUCUCUCUUUCCUGGUCACGUCUGUUACCUGAUGGGACGACAGGUUUCAUCAACCAGAAAGGAAUUGACUAUUACAACAAGAUCAUUGAUGAUUUGUUAACUAAUGGGGUUACGCCCAUAGCAACCCUCUACCACUAUGAUUUGCCUCAGGCCUUAGAAGACAAAGGAGGUUGGUUGUCAGAGGCAAUCAUUGAAUCCUUUGAUAAAUAUGCCCGGUUUUGCUUCGGUACUUUUGGAGAUCCAGUCCAGCGGUGGAUCACCAUAAAUGAGCCUAAUGUUUUUGCCCUGCUGGCAUAUGAUUUUGGAAUAUAUCCUCCUGGUGUACCUCACUUUGGAACUGGAAGUUAUCAGGCAGCUUAUAAUUUGAUUAAAGCUCAUGCCAGAUCCUGGCACAGCUAUGAUUCCUUAUUCCGAAAAGAGCAGAAGGGCGUGGUGUCCCUAGCAAUUUUUGCUACCUGGGUGGAACUGGCAGAUCCCAACUCAGUGUCUGACCAGGGAGCUGCUAAAAGAGCCCUUGCUUUCUGCUUGAAUUUCUUUGCUAAACCCGUAUUUACUGAUGGUGAUUAUCCGGAAGUUGUCAAGUCCCAGAUUGCCUUCAUGAGUAAAAAGCAAGGCUAUCCAUCAUCAAGGUUUCCAGAAUUUACAGAAGAAGAGAAGAGAAUGAUUAAAGGCACUGCUGGUUUCUUUGCUGUGCAUUAUUAUACAACUCACUUAGUCAAGUACCAGGAGAUGGUUUUUUUCCAGGAUGUGGAGAUUCAAGUUUUUCCAGACCCAACUUGGAUAAGAAGUUUGGAUUGGAUCUAUGUGGUGCCAUGGGGAAUACGUAAAGUACUGCAGUACAUUAAGGAUACGUAUAAUAACCCUGUAAUUUACAUCACUGAGAAUGGGUUUCCCCAGGGUGACCCUGCAUCUCUUGAUGACACUCAGCUCUGGGAGUAUUUCAGACAUUUCAGGAACUUGAUGAAGGCUAUCCAGACUGAUAAAGUAAAUUGCAAAAUAUAUUGUGCAUGGUCUCUUCUGGAUAACUUUGAGUGGAUCCAAGAGUAUAGUAGCUGGUUUGGUCUCUUCCAUGUUGAUUUUGAGGAUCCUGCUAGACCUCGAGUGCCUUACACAUCAGCCAAGGUGUAUGCCAAGAUCAUCCAAAACAAUGGCCUAGAAGAACAUCCAUAAAAAAUGGCUGGCCCAUGUCUCUUGGAGAAGAGGCCUCUGGUUUUGGAAAAGAUACCUGCUUUGG